GUGCUCGCGGGGAUUGUUGUUGUAUUUGGAGCAUUCUUUCCGUGGAUUGUUGUUUGCAGGGGCGCACGAGGCGUGGGAAGACGUUUCGCAAUGGCGGGGCUCAUCAAAAACCUGCGGGUAACUAAGACUGGGCCUGGCUCUCGAUCCUUGGAGGAAGCGCAGCAGCGCGCCACCGAUUUCUUCCGGGAGGCUUGCAGGGCGCUGCCAUCGAUAAUGGAGCGGUAUAAUUUGUACGAAGUCAUCACCCUGUCGGAUUUGCGAUCUAAAAUUGCCUCCGAGUUUCGUAAACAUCAUCACAACACUAAUCCCAAGGUGAUUGACAUGCUAGUGUUUAAAGGACGAGAGGAACUUCAGUACUGCAUUGACCAUUCCAAGCAACGGCACCAUUUGCUGACCCAGUAUAUCGUGGGAAGAGAAGGUUUAACCGGAGACGUGUUGAAGCUCGGAGAGGCCUUUAAAGGGGAGUCUGAUUUUUUGAAGAAUUUCUACCGAGGCAACAAUUGAGGAGAUCAAUUUUCCCUUUGUCUGGUUUCUCACGGCAAUUGUUUCUUGCAUGCCCUCCUGCCUCAGAGGAUUAGAUUCACAAAGAAGUUUCGUUUAGUUCAAUCCACUAUGAACACGUUUAAAUUCCUAAUAAAAACCCUCUUACUGCCUUACCCAAAAUGCCUUCAAUUUUCUAAACUUUUUUAGUUCACCAUGCUCUGCAUGCUUUCUUGCACAAGCUUAUCAAUAAUCCAAGUUUUUACUCUGCGUUUUUUUUCCCAGGAUAUUUAGGGUUAGGCUUCUUAAGCUGUGAGCUCUCUCUCUCCCUCUCUCUCUCUCUCUCUCUCUCUCUCUCUCAUGUUUUGUGGAGUUCAAGUUAGUAUGCUGUUGACGUUUAUAGCCGAUUCCAAGUCUCAGGAAUUGCCUGUCGAUGCCACCUUUAACUGGAUCAUUGUAGCCAUUACAAAAUCACA